UUACCGCUGCCGUUGAUAGUGGGCUCAUAUACUUCCUCGGUCUCGAUCACCUCGUGUUGUUUCACGAUGAACAAAUUACAGCUUGAUCUUCAGCUCCUAGUGAGGCCAAAUAUUCUUAAUUUGACUCCUUAUAGGUGUGCAAGGGAUGAUUAUAAUGAAGGAGUUCUUCUAGAUGCUAAUGAAUGCUCAUAUGGAUCAUGCAUCCCACUGGAAGGUGACAUGCAUCGUUACCCCUCCCCCUACAACUUUGACCUGAAGGAGAAAAUAGCGAAGUUCAGGGGGGUGAGGAAAGAGCAGAUAUUUCUUGGGGUGGGCAGUGAUGAGGCAAUUGACAUGGUGGUGAGAGUAUUCUGUACCCCUGGUGAGGGGAGUCUGUUGAUCACGCCCCCCACUUAUGGAAUGUACAAGGUUGUGGCUGACAUAAACAACAUCAAUGUCAUUUCUGUUCCUUUAACAGAGGAGUUUCAGUUGCCAGUUGAAAAGGGUUAUCGCUGAGUGCCGGCUGCCAGCAAAAUGCGCCGCCUGAGAUUGCUGGUUGGAUUUUGGUGGGUGAUCACUCUGUUAAGGACAACAAACUGUUUUUAGGUUACACACUUACAAUCAUUCGAUAUCUGAACCGUAUCAAACUGUCUAAAUGAAAAGUUUGGAAUAAAUUCCUGACUACCUUGAAUAUCAUUGCCUCUAUAAAAAGUAAAGUAAUUGAAAUAAAAUCUUGUUUUGGGCACUUUUUUAGCAUGUUCUCUUUCUGUGUACUGUGUCCACCGUCUUGUAAACGCGAAGAUUGGUAGCCCCACGUUUGAGGCAUUGCCAAAGAUGGGGGAUGAAAAUUUUGUUCUAGAUCUCUUGCGCUAUGGCAAUCUUAGCCACAAUACUAUUUUCUUAAAUACAACCCUAGGUUUUAAACUUUUUUGUGUAAAAUCAUUGUAAAUAUGACUGACACUGUCACAGAUGCAAGAAAGUCAAGGAGGCCAUUGGGUCCUCUGCGAGAUUAUUAUUUUAAUUAUUAUAAAUUAUCUACAUGGCUUAGUGGUGUAGUUUGUUGAUCACUGUUAUAAAACCAAGACCCAAAGUGAACUCAUUUCACCAGUCAGAGUUGUUACUUUAGAAUCAAACUUGGGGAUUUGAAGGAAGAGAAAAAAUGGAGUGACACUACGAUGUCGAUGUAAGCCAUAACUGUUGUUUUUUCUCAGAAAUGGCGUAAUUUUCCGUACUUUUGUGAUUCAGUCCGCAAAUUUAGAUACACUGUAACGUAAGUCUUCCUUGUGUGAUCUAUGUGAAAAUAACUUUCCAAGUGUAAAAUUGAAUAAGGUUUAAGACAAUCAAACA